AUGGCCUCCUUAGUAAGCAGUUCGUUGUUAUUAGAUGUUAUAGGUGUAAUUGUAGCCAUUAUUGCGGUAAUUUAUACGUGGUUCAAGUGGAGCUAUGGGCAUUGGAAAAGGAAAAAUGUACCGUACAUAGAGCCCUCAUUUCCCUUUGGAAAUGUGGCCAAAUCUAUGGCUAUCGAUAAAAUUUCGUUCACGGAUAGAACUCUAGGUUGGUACAAAUUUGGAAAGGAAAAUAAGUAUAAGCACUUCGGGUUGUAUUUCAUAAAAAGUCCAGUUUUAUUGGUAAUGGAUUUGGAGAACAUAAAAAAUAUCUUGACGACUGAUUUCGAGCACUGGGUUGAUAGAGGAAACUAUGUUAACGAAGAAGGCGACCCUCUCAGCGCGCAUUUGUUGAACAUAGGCGGCGAAAAGUGGAAAAAUCUGCGUAAAAAGUUUACGCCGACUUUUACCUCCGGCAAAAUGAAGCAAAUGUUUAAAACAAUCGCGGAUUGCAGCGUUUCUUUGGAUCGGGUUAUGGAGGAAAAACUGAAAGAAAACAAACCGCUGGACAUCAAAACCGUGGCAGGAAAUUUCACCACGGAUGUGAUAGGAUCCUGCGCGCUUGGUUUGGAGUGCGGUUCCUUUAAGGAGGAGGACUCCUUGUUCAGAGUAUACGGAAAAAGGGUGUUCGACAGCAACCACUUUGAUUUCAUGAAGAUGAUUUUCGUGAACGCGUGGCCUGAGUUUGCUAAAUCAAUGAAUUUAAAAAUUAUCCCGGCAGACGUCACCAACUUUUUUUUGAGCGUGGUGAAGAAUACUGUGAAGUAUAGGAGGGAAAACAACGUGACGCGUAAAGACUUCCUGCAAAUUUUAAUCGACAUGGAGAAGGAGAACUAUGAUGGCGCCGGAAAUUCUCUGACCAUGAACGAAAUGGCCGCGCAAGCUUUAGCUUUUUUCGUCGCAGGGUUUGAGAGUUCGGCCACCACAAUGACCUUCACUCUGUUUGAGAUGAGUCAGCACCAAGAUGUACAAGACAGGGUGAGGCAGGAAGUAAAUGAGGUUUUGGCCAAGCACAACGGAGAGAUCAACUAUGAGUCCAUCAUGGAGAUGAAGUAUAUGACUCAAGUCAUACAAGAGGCAUUAAGGAAAUACCCUCCAAUCCCAGAUGUAUCCAGACGAUGCGUGAAGGAAUACAAAGUACCUGGGACCGAUUUAGUUCUGGAAGAAGGCACCCUAGCUUUCAUACCAAUCGUAGGUAUCCACUACGAUGAAGACUACUACCCAAAUCCCACAAAAUUCAAUCCCGAACGUUUUAGCCACGAAAACAAACAAAAAAUCAAACCAUUUUCUUACAUGCCUUUUGGUGGAGGGCGAAGAGUAUGCAUUGGCGAAAGAUUCGGACUUCUGCAGGUUAAAGUUGGACUUACCACGUUUUUGAAAAAAUACAGAUACACUUUAAACAAACAAACUCAACUACCACUUAAAAUGAAUCCAUUAAACUUUAUAACCACAGUAAAAGGAGACGUUUGGCUCAACUACGAAAAAAUUUAAACUUUAUAAUUAACAAAUUUGGCAA